AUGAUUUAUCUUCGCGGAUUUAGAACUCUUCGUUUUCUUCGAUCAGAGUUCGGUGAUUUAUCUCGGGAUCAGAUUGUCAAUGGAAGAAUUUGUGGAGACAUCUCAGUAUCCCUUGCUUUUGGCGACAUGCGAUUGAAGACAAAGAAGAAUGACUUAGAAGCAGUUAAUUUUGUUAGGAAUCAGCUUCAGCAACACAGAGAUGUUCAGUUAGCUUGUGAGGCGCUUGGAAGAGCAGCUCUAGACCGACGUUCACGAGAUAAUAUCAGCAUCGUCAUUGCUGAUUUGGGGAGGACAGAUUGGCAAAGUUUGCCUCGUCAGAAAGAAAAUUUUGUUUAUGAACUGGGCCAAGCUUUUGCCACUAUCGGUAUUGUGUCAUUAGGAAUAUGGAUGUUUUCUCUACUUUCUACAUGA